GAUGCUCGUGCGCACAGCACGCUCACACGAUCCGAGCGGCGCACGCGACCUCUCACACCGUGCCACGCUACGCCGAAUUUGAAUUCGGGCCGCUUCGCGCCUCCCGUUCAAAUCAGCUGAUUCUACUAAAAUGGAAGGAAUGAUUUUAAAUCGCUUUCUUGUUGACUUGACCUAACUUCGCGUGAUUUAUUUAGUAUAUUAUACUGAACGACGUAUUAGGCUGUAUACAGAAACUAUAUUCAGGAGAAUGAAGUGACAUUAUCUUCGUAGACAAGAAAAUAACGCAUGUGUUCUAGUGUUCCGAAUACAGUGCUAAACGUUUUCUAGGUCUGCUUAAUUUUGUUUAGUGGUUACAAGGGCGUGAAUUUGACUGGUUAGAAGUGUGAACUGAAAAGGUGUGAACAGUUGAAUUUGCUCAAAAUAGUGCGGCUCUACUGAAAACUACUUUUAUAAAGUCUGGAAAAAGGAAGUCUGGGAAAAAGGAUUGAUCUGCUUCAAGAUUACAGGCGUAAUCGCGACACCGGCCAGGACGGUAGACACGGCGCCGUGCUAAUGAUGCGAACGAUCGGGGCGCCGGACGCCAGCGACAGCGCGCCACUGUCACACCUACCCCCUCAUACAAGCCACCAUGUUCACCAGGUUCGACCAAGGCAAAUCGACGAAAGGCGCGAGCAAGCUCCGACGCGACCUCAUCAACGCAGAGAUCGCCAACCUGCGGGACCUGCUGCCCCUGCCGCCCUCCACCCGCCAGCGACUCUCGCAACUGCAGCUCAUGGCCCUUGUCUGCGUCUACGUCAGGAAAUCCAACUACUUUCAACAAGUUUUCAAACGCUUUGACAUCAGCCAACAACCUUCUACAGCGCCUAACUUUGGAUUUUCUAAGGCACUCAACGGAUUCCUGAUGAUGAUGACCCAAAACGGCAAACUGCUAUACAUAUCGGAUAACGCCGCCGAGUAUCUUGGACAUUCGAUGGUUGGCAAAUUGAGACAAAAUCCCUGGAAGGCUGGCUUUUCUUCAGGAGACUCGUCGAGCUGCACUGAUGCUGUAGUCGAAGUUUUGCGUUUGUGUAUGAAGUGUUACACACCAUACUCUGACGUACCCAAUGGUCACCACAUACGCUGCAUAGGAGCCAAGCUUGCCUCUUAUACAGCAGGUAGCAACUCCUUUUGGUCCCUAGCCAAAGCGGCCGAAACUAACCACCCCUGCUGA